AGCCAAUAAGCUUGACGCAGCCUCAGCGCCCUAGAACCACACACCCACAUUACUGUCUUGUGCAUCACUUCGCACGAGUUGGACGCUCCUGGACGGCCUUUCGGUGUAAAUCUAAUCGAGCACCAAACAAGAGACUAGGCGACCAUGGGUGAUCGAAAAGCAGUAAUCAAGAAUGCUGACAUGUCCGAAGACAUGCAGCAGGAUGCUGUGGAGUGUGCCACCCAGGCCCUGGAGAAGUACAACAUCGAGAAGGACAUCGCUGCCUAUAUCAAGAAGGAGUUUGACAAGAAAUACAACCCGACCUGGCACUGCAUCGUGGGAAGGAACUUUGGCAGCUACGUGACUCACGAGACCAAACAUUUCAUCUACUUCUACUUGGGCCAGGUGGCCAUCCUGCUCUUCAAAUCUGGCUAAGAGCUCACUCAACAUUGUAACACACACAAUUACAACUAUGACAGUUAUUGACUCAACAAAGGCAUCCAUUCCAAGGUGUGGCUGAGGACGCUGCCUUUUUGUGCUUUCUACUUUUUUGUUCUGAGGAUUAAACUAAUGUGGCCAUCUAAAAACAAAACAAACAUGUAUUUAUUUUUGUCUGUUACAUUUAAAUGUCUUUUUUUAAAUGAUAUGAUGCUCCGCAUUCAGUGCCUGUUCAGUGUGUACUUUUAAAUUAUUAAUCAGUUAAUGAUUUAAAAUGUAAAAUAAAUGUCCAGACAGAG